AUGGCUAGCAAGGAAAGGCUCUUCAAUCCAACUUUAUUGCUUAUAAUUAUCGUGUCAUCCUUGUGGGGUUCGUCAGCGGCCUUAGCCUUAGACACGCUAAAGCAAGGCGAUGUUCUUAAUUCUUCCCAGUACCUCGUUUCUGCCAAACAGAGGUUCACCUUGGGAUUCUUCAGCCCAACUUCUUAUUAUGGAGACAAAAAAAACAGUUACUUGGGCAUUUGGUACACAAAUUAUACGGAAAACAUGGUAUGGAUCGCCAACCGAAACAGACCUAUUUCAGAUGAUUCAAGAGCGUUUCUUACCCUCGACCAUCUGGGAAAGUUGAUGAUCAAUUCCAGUGGAUUCGGAGGUGAUCCUUUUGUAAUAUAUUCUGGUGGUGAAACUGAAAACACUAGUGCUACUCUACUAGAUACUGGCAACUUAGUAGUAUCAGAAGUGAACUCCAAUGGCUCUAUUGGAAGGAGGUUGUGGGAAAGCUUCGAUGAUCCCACUGACACGCUUCUGCCUGGGAUGAAAUUGGGUGUCAAUCACAAAACUGGGCGCAAUUGGUCUCUUAUUUCAUGGUUGGCACAAGAUGAUCCAGCAUCAGGAGCCUUCACACUCGAGUGGGAACCCAAGACAAGGAGAUUGGUUAUCAAGCGGCGAGGGGUACCUUGUUGGAGUAGCGGUCUGCAGGUGAGCAGCUCGAAGAAUGUAUCCUUGUUUGAAUAUAUUCACCCCACCAAAGGUCAGGAUUACAUUAUCAAUACGGAUGCAGAAGGGCAGUACUUCACUUAUUCUCUUGACACUGAGUUUGACUCGUUGGAUCAAGAAAGAUCGGCAUGGCAGUUACAAUACUGGGGCUCGAUAAUGGAUAGAAGUAUUUCAAUUAUGAAGAUGAAUUUUUGCUAUGGUUACGGUAUGGAUGAUGAAGGAUGCGAGACAUGGAAUCAACCAGAGUGCAGGCUUAUGGGUCGCCAAACGUUUGAGCAAAAAUCUGGAAUCUUUACACGUAUAGGUCCUGAUGGUCUACCGCAACUUGCAGCCGGUGUUUUUGAUAACAGACCAACCAUUGGUCCUGCUGAUUGUAGAGAUCUUUGCUGGCAUAACUGUGACUGUCUGGGCUAUAGUGGAAAAGAAGGAACUGGAUCUGGAUGCCAGUAUUGGGAAGGAAAUGUAACAUUCAAUCCUGAUGAUGGACGUUCUCGUUCAAGAAUUUUAAAAUAUGUUCUAACGAAAGAAGAUCCUUCAAAUAAAGGUUAG